UGUCGCUCUCUCCCAGUGUGCUCCCAGGAUCAUUCGAUGGGAGAAGGGAGAGAGCCAGAGAGAAGUGACAUAUAUCGGGUUGUCAAGUUGACUGGGUUAUCAGGUUGGUGGGCUGAAUGUCAAGCCUGAACUGCUAGCUGCAGGAAUUCACAUUCAUCAACAUUCGUCAUUUUCAAGUGGAUAAUUUGCUGAGAUCUGAAAGUCAUCCCCGAUUCAGAUCCUAUGAGUAUAUGAUUCAAUUUUGUAUCAGUUAUCGUUUAUUUUGAAAUUUAAUUUCAUUAUAAAAUCAAGACAAUGGAAACCCUUUUCAAUUUAAGAUGAAUUUUGUUGGCGACUUGUUAGUGUUGGAUCAAACUCGGACAGUUCUCUCAUAGUUGCCAGUGAGCAGCGACAUGGACCAUCUGAGAAACCUAUGGCCUCCAUAUUGGUUUGGAGUAAAUAACGCAAUGCUCAAUUCUAAACUAUGUAGACACCCUACAUCUACGUAGUCCCAUGCACUGGCGGAUCUACCUCAAAUUUCUAGCGCAAACCGGAAUGUUCUGUUGUGGAAGAUUAAAGGGAGAAGAAGACCCACGGACUUUGGAUGACCGCACCCAAUCUAAUAUUCGCCCUAACGAAGAGAGUCCAGAUUGCCUUAAUAGUCGUAGCAAGCUUCUUAAAAAGAUUGACAAAAGAAACUCACCCCAACUCGAACAAGAAACCCGUCUGCUAACUAAACCAGAAGAAGAAUUCAUUGGCGCUUCAGAACAGAAUUCUAAAGACGAUAAGCGACAGUCAGGGUCGGGUGGGGGACUGUUGACAGCAGGCACAAGAGAAACUGUUGUAACGGAAAAAGAGAAUUUUGAGAAGAACUGCAUAGGAUCGUCUGUUGAAACUAGACAGCACUUACCAUGUGAUGAAAUAGGAGAUAGUCCAGUCAAGUCAGAUGUCAAAAUAACCAGCAAGUCUGUGAAUUACGAUGAAGUGCUGAAGGAUCUUGUGCUUCACCCUCGUUUGCAAUCAUCUGAACAACGAAUUCAGUUUCAUUCUCAAAUAUCGCAUGAACCGCGUUUGCAUCAGCAAUAUCCAACUUCUCGUCAACAAACUAGUCAAAAGAUUCAAUGUCAUGAACCUGUGUCUAGCCAAUGCGCAGAUCAGUCGCUUCAAGUUUACCGUCAUUUUGUUAGCCUACCACAGCAAACGUCAUUAGUGCAGUUUCCUCUUCAGCACCUUCAACAACAACAGCAGCACCACCAACGUAAACACGAACAUCAGCAGCAUAUCAAUUCACAGCAGGAGCAACAACUUCACCUUCAGCAGCAAUUUAUAGUACAACAGCAAAGAAAUCUAGAAUCUCAUCGAGGUCAUGAACCUAACCAUAACCUUAAUAUACAGGAAAGGAUUCCCAAUCGGCAGCAGGGUGGCUGCCAGCGGGCAGCGCCCUAUUCAGUAUUUUCUUCAACUUCUCCAAGCGCAGCCAUUAGUUUAACUAGUCAUGUCUAUGCAAACGUGCGCGGGCCAAACGGUGGUGCGGGUCUGGAGAUGGGCAUAAAGAGCAUGGAGGUUGAAGACGACAGCUUUGUAGUCGAGACUGUUGAGAUCAUUAAACGACCAGGCCAGACUCUGGGUUUUUAUAUUCGUGAGGGCAAUGGCUUUGACCGCUCAGAUGGAGUCUUUAUUUCCCGUAUACAGAUGGGAACAGUCGCUCAAAGCAACGGACUCCUUCAUGUCGGUGAUGAGAUAGUAACAGUAAAUAAUGUCAAGGUGGGAAAUAUGUCUCUCGACGAUGUGGUCAUCCUUAUGUCAAUCCCGAAAAAGCUUGUACUGACCAUUAGGACUCGUAGAAAUAGCAGCAAAAAUAAAUCAUGCCCUUCGCUGCCCAUGGCAGAACAGCCCGACCCUCCUGUUGUUGUGCUCAAGAAAGGAAGGUCAUCGUCUGCCUCAGCGUUGGAGAUGACAGAGAAAUGCCCAGACAUGUACGAGCCUGGUCAGACCUACGCUCAAUAUCCCUUCCAGACUGCUGACUACAUACCACGACAAGAACGGCCUGCGUCCAGAUAUGCCAGUAUUUUUAUAAGCCCCCACCGAGCAGAGGCCAAGCUGAUCAGCGAUGACGGCAUGGAAAGCAGCAACUCCAGUGAAGGCUCCUUGCCACGAAGCGUCGAUUCUAAAGACAGAACAUAUUUAGGUCACGAAGUUCUGGAGUCGCCUCAUAGUAGCUAUAUAAGUGUAACAAAUCCGAUUUACGAUCACUUUUCUAGUUUGCCUGAUUACAAACUUCAUAUGGUGGCCGACACGCUGGGCAGAAAGUCGUCUGUACUACCAAAAUCUCCAUCUAAGCAAAGUCCGCUCGGAACGCAUCUAUACAGAAACAGACCCAACUCUGAUGCCAGUCCAGGCUUUCCAGAACCUCCUUAUAUGAACGUUGGUGCUUUAAGAGACGGAGGAAUGCAGCCUCAAUCGUCGCACUAUCAUCACACAUCUCCUCAUUUUCACCAACCCCCACUUCCAACGCAGCAGUUUUCUAGCCACUACCAGUACCAGUCCUCCUAUCCCUUAUCCACAUCAAGUCAGGGGCCAUAUGCGGCCCCUGGACAGCAGUACAGAGGCGCCGUAUCUCAGGAGGACAGACGGCGGCAAGAGAGAAUUCGAAGUCUUCUCAAUUCAAAAUCCAAAUACGGCAGGCUGUUACGUAGCAGAUCCCCGGAGUGCUACAACUCGGACUCGGAGAUCGUCUUUACUCACCAGGCCCAUACCGAUGGGAGAGGAUUCGCCUCAGAUUACGAGGCUUAUGGAGGGGCGUUUAGUGACGAUGAGCCGGUGUACUCCAUACCCAGAAUACCAUCCAGUUCCUCUUCUGAACUUGAAAUGCUUCUUAAAAAAUUUACCACACUCUCACAGGAACUCCAACAAGAGCAGAGCAAGCUCCAGAGACAGCUCAGCACCAGAGACAAAGUUCCACGCCCAGGACAAAUUCCUCUCUCAAGAGCAGAGAGUUUGUCCGGAGACGAAUAUGGAUGCCAGCCUUUGUCCGGUCAAGCCUCACCUGUGCCGGUCCGUAGGGCAGCUUCCACUCAAACUCCGGCGCUUCCACCCCGUCUGUCCCGGCUCCCUAGCGCCGACACGCCUCCUUUCCUUUACAGCACAUAUCAGCACGAGUCUCAUCCGGAUCUAUCCGGCCGAUCAGGGUCUGCUGGUGUAGGAGGAGCGAUGUCAAUAGCGGGUGGUUUGCCCAUGUCCAGCUCCCAGACCUCCAUUCAGCUGGCCAAAGAUCCGGCACGUCAUACUGCAUCCCGACUGCGAGACCUACAGCUAACCAGAAAACCUCUGCAUAUUCCCUACAGUGAGUUUGAACCCUACAAAGCAGACAUGCGUAAGCGAGUUGAAUUGACCCGAUCUGGCGGUCUAGAUGGCUUAUUAAGUAUUCAUAUCAUGUCGGGCCAAGGACUUAAAUCCUCUAAAACAAGCUUACGCGAUUUGUAUUGUGUAGUGGCCGUAGACUCCCUCAACAAAGCCAGGACAAUGAUUAGGACAGGGGCGAUUAACUUCGACUGGGAUGAAGCAUUUGAUAUUGAUUUGGAAGACUCGAAAGAAGUUUCUUUUCUCGUGUACCACUGGGACCCAAACUACAAGCACCGUCUGUGUUUUCAUGGCUCCCUUCUGCUCCCCAGCUACGUGCACAGCGGCACCAAGCGGUACGUGGCCAUCAAGCUGGAACCAAAGGGGAUCCUGUUCGUCACCUUGUUGUACAAAGAGCCCGCAGUCUCUCUGCAGCGUUUACCUUCCAUCAAGAAAAACGCUCUGUUUGGGGCGGAACUGGAGACAAUUAUAUUGAGAGAAAACUCGGGCUUAAAUGUCCCUUUGUUGGUGAGUAAAUGUGUCCAUGAAGUGGAGAGGCGAGGUCUAGAGACUGUCGGCAUUUACCGUCUAUGUGGGAGUGCUAGGCGUAAGGCAAUGCUGAGAGAAGCGUUUGAGAGCAAUGCCCAAGCCGUGGAUUUAUCACCUGAAAAUGUUUCCGAUAUCCACGUCAUAACAGGUGUUUUGAAAGAUUACCUACGGGAGCUACCAGAACCAUUGUUUACUAAUUCCCUCUAUCAGAUGCUAUUGGACGCUUUAAGUGUCAGGCUACCGUGUGACCCAGAAGGCAGUGCCAAACUUAUGCUGAGUAUUCUAGAGUGCCUUCCUUCGGCCAAUCAGGAUACAAUGGCCCUACUCUUGAAUCAUCUACGCCGUGUGGCCUCUCACUGUGAUAAAAAUAAGAUGCCCAUAGACAACCUGGCCAUUUGUUUUGGACCUGUUCUGCUUUGUCCGGCCCCAAGCUCCACCCCCGAUCCACUCCUUGAUUUUAGAAAACACAUCGAAGUCCUGCGCUAUCUUCUUGAGAUAUGGGACUAUGAAGGUAGUAACAGUACAGGGACAUCCAAAUCUCCUACGGCAGAAACAAUUAUUUCUGCAGGCACAGGGGACUCGCCCAACCCAGCUGGUCCCGUGGAUCAGGCUCGUAGCUCAAGGGAUGAAGUGACUGGUCACAACACGGAUGGGCCAUCCAACAGGCAAUGACGCUGGUUGAUCACUAGAUUCUUAUCCAAUUUUUAGUUGCACCGUUUCAUCUCAUUAUCUCUAACUAUAUUCACACUCUAAAUCUAGUUUUUAACUGCAAUUUUUUAUAACAUGAAUUUUUUGUGUGUAAAUAUAGCAUUAUGUAAAUAUUUGUCAUUUUAAAGAAAUGUAUAACAUUUAUA